AUGCACAUCGAGGGACUUCAUUAUAGCAACAAGUCGUCCAGCUUUGCUUUUGUCGAGCUACAGGGAGUCAGACUGGGCCAUGUGCAUGCGCGAGGAGGCGUUGCUGUACCUUCCAUGCUGCAUGGAUCUGCAGACCGUCCAGACUCUGUUCCAUUUCCGAGGAGUGGAACUAUGGGAUGGCAUUACAGUAAAAACUACAGCAAUGUGCUUCCGAUUUUAGUGAAGAACUCAAUAAAAACGGGGCGAGGGAAAGGAAAAACGAGAGGAAAGUCCUUUGUUAGGACUGGCCCUCAUUAUGAGUUUGGAGUCCCCUCUUUUUGGGGAUCCAAUCUCAAAAUGAGAAUGCUGUACCCGAAAGGUACAGUACAUGCUGGUUGCGCAUGGGGUGAUGGAUGA